AAGCACAAAAACCCCCCAUGGCAAAUUCAGCUCUGAGAAGCUAUAAAAGCAAGAAGCAAAGAUCUUGAAGAAGCUCUCCCCAUCAAAUUCAAUCCGAACCCCAUCAUCGCCCAGAUCUACCCAAUCGUUUCUCUUCAUCGGUUCCGAGCUUCGUCUUUCUCGGAGAUUGGAGAGAUGUGGGAAUCCAUAAUCCUGACGCUGGCCGCGACGGCGGGGAACAACAUCGGCAAGGUCCUCCAGAAGAAGGGCACCGUGAUUCUUCCCCCUCUGUCUUUCAAGCUCAAGAUUAUAAGAGCAUAUGCUCUGAACAAAACUUGGGCAAUAGGCUUUCUAAUGGAUAUAGUUGGAGCCUUGUUGAUGUUGAGGGCGCUUUCUCUGGCCCCGGUAUCUGUCAUUCAGCCUGUCUCUGGAUGUGGACUUGCAAUUCUGUCGGUUUUUUCUCAUUUCUAUCUUAAGGAAGUCAUGAAUGCUGUUGACUGGAUGGGAAUCACAUUAGCAGGCAUUGGCACCAUAGGAGUUGGUGCUGGAGGUGAGGAACAAAAGGCCUCUUCAAUAUCGAUUCUUCAUUUGCCGUGGUUGGUCUUCAUCAUUGCCAUCUUGUUUGUGUUGCUAAAUGGAUGGAUUCGCAUCUUCAGACGUCAUCGAAGAGAGCAGGAGAUGAUGGAAUAUGAAGUUGUUGAGGAAAUCAUGUAUGGCCUGGAAUCUGGCAUUUUGUUCGGAAUGGCUUCUGUAAUAUCGAAGAUGGGGUUUCUAUUCUUGGAGCAAGGCUUCUCGCCAUUGCUAGUCCCUCUAUGCAUUGCAAUUAGCAUCUCCUGCAGUGCCACUGGAUUCUUCUACCAGACACGAGGCUUAAAGCAUGGGAGGGCGAUUGUGGUGUCUACAUGUGCUGCAGUGUCAUCAAUCGUGACGGGUGUUCUUGCUGGCAUGCUGGCAUUGGGUGAAAGGCUGCCUACAGCCCCAGGGGCACGGCUUUCCCUUCUUCUUGGAUGGCUUCUAAUUAUGGUGGGUGUGAUCUUGCUAGUGAGCUCAACGAGGCUCAUUCGGCUCCUUCCACGGCCAUUCAGGCAACUCACAAGGACUGGCACUGGCCGGAAUUCCAACCUGAGGAGGUCAGCAUCAGCCAUUCCUUCUCGGGAUUCUAGCCCAAGUGCGGUUAUUCAGGCGGCAACAUUGCACCAUCUGAUAUCUUCUGCUGCAAAAGAGAAGGCUUAGAGAGCAUAAUUUUGAGUUGUUACAGAUAAUCUCCAUAACAUGCUGCUGCUGCACAUAACCUGAUGAACUUGAAGCAUAUUCAUGUGAAGGAAUAGUCGGGUGUACAGAUCUACUUCAUUCGAUACGUUUCUUCUUUGGGUUCUUUAAUUUUCUUUCCUACAGAGAAGUCCUGUUAUGCGGGCUAACGGUGAAAGCAUUUGGAUGGGCUUUUUUGUGAUUCGUUCCUUUUGGUCUCGAAUAGGCAGAUGGUUUUUGAUGUGGUGAAUAUGAAAUGAAGGAAGAUUUGCAUAUUCCUCCAGAA